GGGGCGAUGGCGCAGGCGGCGUUGGGCUCGGCGGGGCUGCACUUCGAUGAGCUGAACAAGCUGCGCGUCCUCGAUCCUGACGUGGCCCAGCAAACGGCGCAGCUCCGCGAGGAGUGCAAGGCCUUCGUGGACAGUGAGUGCUGCGCGCCGGGCCGGGCCGAGGGGCGCUCCGCUUCCAUCCGCGUAGCGCUGACGGCCCCGAACGCGCAAAUAGUAGAAUUUCAAAAAACAGUGGGUAGCUUAAUCGAGCUCGUUGACCAGCUGGCCAAAGCUGCCGAGAGCGAGAAGAUGAAGGCCAUUGGUGCACGAAAUUUGCUGAAGUCUAUAGCAAAGCAAAGAGAAGCACAGGAGCAGCAACUUCAGGCUUUAAUAGCUGAGAAAAAGAUGCAACUGGAAAGAUACCGAAUAGAAUAUGAGACUCUGUGUAAAAUUGAAGCGGACCAGAAUGAAUUCAUUGACCAAUUCAUUUUUCAGAAAUAGAAGACUUUAAGAUAAAGACUAACUUGGAAAUAUGAGCAUUCCAGAAUCUUGAGAAUUCCAGAAAUAUGCAAUUUUUCACUGUGUACGAAUGAAUAUAGAUGGUUUGUGCAAAUAAAAGUGUAUUUUAAUGCAGUGUGAAUUACACUAAAAGUGGCAAUAAGGAGGGCUUUCUAACAGAUGUAAGACUGUUCUGUCCUUUGAUUUUUAUAAAAGCUUUGUACAGUCAGUAGUUCAAAUUCAAAUUGUAGUUGAAUUAAUACUACUGUUCCUAUGUUAAUGUCUCUCACCUUUUGAAAUGUGCAGCUCUUUCAAAGAAAUAAGGAAAUAAACUAUUGUUUUUCAACUUCUUGGA